UGCUGCGAAAUACGAAGCUUUUCUGCCUCGCCUCUCCUCCUCUCGCAGCAAUUCCCAAGGUCGGCAGGUGUCUUUCGAGCCGGCUCAAAAGGCACUGGCUCUCUCUCCGUUGGGCGACGCCUCGAGUUUCUCUCCGUCUCGACCUCCUCGCAAGUAAUAGAAUCUUGCGGCGUUGAAGUGGAAGUGCAUUUCUUGCCCCAGCUUGCUUGAGAGGGAGGAUUAAUCGCCGCGUGACGCGCGUGCCGCGUACGAACGAGAUUACACUGAGCGAUGGCGAUCGUUCCUCGGAGCCGUUGGAUCUUGCCGAACCAAGCCGAUGACGACAGCAGCAGGGAGAAAGCUGAACGCCGGCUUACGAUGUCUUUAAGGCACCUGGUACCGCAGGAGUUCAUUCACUCCGUGCCGCUCCCGCUCUCCCUCGAGCCCUGCUCCUCCCUCGUCCCGCUGAGCGGCGCGGCGAGCGCGGCGGCGGCGACGGCGGCGGCGGAGGCGCUGCACCCGCACGGGCACAUCGACGAGGAGGUGGUGCACGUGGGGCCGGAGUUCAGCUGGCAGGCGCACGUGCGCAACCGACUCCAGUACGACCAAAUGUGGCGGCAGUCGAUUGAGAACCCGACGCGGUUCUGGGGCAACGUGGCGAGCGAGUUCUUCUGGAACAAGAAGUGGAACGCCGAGGCGCCCAUCGUGAGCCACAACUUCGACGUCCGCAACGGACCCGUCGCCGUCGAGUGGUUCGGCGGCGGCUACACGAACGUGUGCUUCAACGCGGUCGAUCGCCACGUGGCGGCGGGGCGUGGCGAGACGACGGCGAUGCUGUGGGAGGGCAACGACCCCGGGGACGACGCGCGCAUCUCCUUCAACGAGCUGCUCGACCAGAUCUGCCAGCUCUCCAACUUCCUGCGCGCGGCGGGCGUGCGCAAGGGCGACACGGUGUGCCUGUACAUGCCCAUGGUGCCCGAGCUCCCCAUCGCCAUGCUCGCAUGCGCGCGCAUUGGAGCCAUCCACUCCGUGGUGUUCGGCGGGUUCUCCGCGGAGUCCCUGGCGGGGCGCAUGGUGGACUGCAAGUGCAAGGUGCUGCUCACGUGCAGCGGCGUGCGGCGCGGCGACAAGCUGCUGGGGCUCAAGGACAUCGCGGACACGGCCAUGCGCAUCUGCUCCGAGAGGGACAACAUGCACAUCCAGACGUGUCUGGUGUACGACAACUCGCGCGCCAUGGCGCGGCACGAGUGCGCGUUCACGCCCGGGCGCGACGUGUGGUGGCAGGAGGUGGUGAGCACGUACCCCACAGAGGCGGACGUGGAGUGGAUGGCGAGCGAGGACCCGCUCUUCAUGCUCUACACGUCUGGCAGCACCGGCAAGCCCAAGGGCGUGGUGCACACCACCGGCGGGUACAUGGUGUACGCAGCGACGACGUUCAAGUUCGCGUUCGACUACAAGCCUGGGGACAUCUACUGGUGCACGGCGGACUGCGGGUGGAUCACGGGCCACUCGUACCUCACGUACGGCCCGCUGCUCAACGGCGCCACCAUCGUCGUCUUUGAGGGGACGCCCACGUGGCCGGACCCCGGGCGGUGGUGGCACAUCGUGGACAAGUACAAGGUCACCAUCUUCUACACCGCGCCCACCGCCAUCCGCUCGCUCGAGGCCUUCGGCGACUCUUACGUGCGCCGCCACUCCCGCGCGUCUCUCCGCGUGCUGGGCUCCGUGGGCGAGCCGAUCAACCCAAAGGCGUGGCGCUGGUACUUCGAGGUGGUGGGCGGCGGCCGCUGCCCGAUCAGCGACACGUGGUGGCAGACCGAGACCGGCGGCAUCUGCAUCACGCCCCUCCCGGGCGCAUGGCCGCUGAAACCAGGCUCCGCGUCCCUCCCGUUCUUCGGGAUCGAGCCGGUGAUUCUGGACCAGAACGGCAAGGAGCAGGACGGGCCGUGCGAGGGGUACUUGUGCCUGCGCCGCCCAUGGCCGGGCAUGGCGCGGACCCUUUUCGGCGACCACGCGCGCUUCGAGGCGACGUACUUUAGUGUCUGGAAGGGGUACUACACGACGGGCGACGGCGCGCGCCGCGACAAGGACGGGUACAUCUGGCUGACGGGGCGCGUGGACGACGUGAUCAACGUCAGCGGGCAUCGGAUCAGCACCGAGGAGGUGGAAUCCGCGCUGGACGCGCACCCGGCGUGCGCGGAGGCGGCGGUGGUGGGGUACGACCACGACGUGAAGGGGCAGGGCGUGUACGCGUUCGUGACGCUCAUGGACGGCAUCUCGCCCUCCGACUCGCUGCGCAAGGCGCUCAAGGACUCGGUCCGCAAUGAGAUCGGGUCCUUUGCGGCGCCGGACGUGAUCCACUGGGCGCCGGGGCUGCCCAAGACCCGCAGCGGCAAGAUCAUGCGGCGCAUCCUGCGCAAGAUUGCCGCCAACAAGCUGGACGAGCUGGGCGACACAUCAUCUCUCUCCAACCCGGCCAUAGUGGACGAGCUGGUCUCCCUGCGGGGCAAGUGAGGGGCGAGUGUGCAAGUGCAUAUCUGUAACUUUCCUGCAGCGUGCUGCUGCUGCCAUGGCGAGGUUGCUGCUGCAGCACCUUUGUAAUUAGGGAGGUUACGCUAGAAGUGGAAGGUUAUGCUUGGAAUAAGGUUGAUGCUAGAAGGGUGGAGAAGAGUGGUUCUUGGUCCGUGGUUGCUACCAUGUGAAUGCCUUUUGACGUUAUUGGUUCGUAGCAGGGUCAUUUCCUUCUCCCGUUUUGAAUUGUAACAAAUUUGUUCUUACCCUUUUUAUUACGCUAUUCU